AUGUCAACUACUCGACGAGCGUCAAGCGCGAGACGCAUCGGCGAGGUGAGUUCACCAUCAUCGGCUGAAUCAGGUCAUCAAAAUUUCAAAACUUCGGUAUUGCAAAGGGCGUUCACGACUCCUCCAGCGGGCCAGGACGUCGAUGAAGACGAGGCCGAUCAUGCCAAGCGAAGUCUCGUUAGUUCCAUGUUAAAGGGUGCUCCGAGUAGACCACAUAAAGUGGAUCGUUCGCACUCGCUCCCAUCAGAUUUGCAUGCUCCACGGAAGGGGAUUGCGGUGGGUUACGAGUCCACUCUUGUGAACUACAAAGGCGUAUCGCGAAAACUUUGGCAAACGCGAUACGACGCGUACGUACAAAACAGCGAAGCGGUCGACGAGAGUAAACUUUUCUUAGGUUCUUUCGACACCUCGCAUUCGGCCGCGCGUGCGUAUGAUCUCGCGAAGCUCAAGCUUGGGUGUCGCGACGAAGAACUGAACUUUCCCGCGGUGGAUUACGAUGAAGAAAUCUUGACUCUGCUGACCGAAUACUCAGUCUCCAAGCUAGCUGAAACUCUGGUAGAAAUCUCACAGGCAUCCGAUCGACGUACAUCGCGUUUUCGCGGAGUGGUCGCUGCCGAGGGAGGAUUUGAAGCACGAUUAGAGCUUGGUUGGUGA